AUGGAGACGCCGGACAGAAACUUCACCAUAAAAAUAAAUGUUAUUCAAGGAAAUAACCUGCAAGGAAAAAAAGACAACUUCCAGAGCUUUGUGCGAGUGGAGGUUGAUGGUUCAUUGUUGGGAGAGUCAGAGAAGAAACAGGGGGAUCCAGUGGAAAAGCAAGUCAGCUACGACUUCACCUGCAGCUUUCACUGUUCCAAUGACGCUCAGACUCUAACGGACAUAUCCCAUAAACUGAUCAUAUUGACAGUGUUCGAGUUCCUAUCUGAAGAGAAAAAAGUGGAGGCGAAGACUGCAGUCCUGGGCCAAGCUGUGGUUGACCUUCUGCCACUGGUGCAAGGUCAACAAAGCUUCUCAUCCUCAGCGCCCCUCCAUCCAUCCUGCCCCCCAGCCAAGGGCUCCAUCCAUGACUUCAACAAUAAGCCAUCCUUGGAUGUGCUUGUCAGUGUAUCCGAUCCCUUGCUGACUGAAGACGCACUGUCAGCCUCCAACCUGCUAAAGGUAACUGUGGAGACGGCCUACUCUGUCCCUGAGUCAUGGACUGAACCGCCCACCCCCCCUUCAUGUACGUAUAGCGCCGCGCUGGAAGUCCCACUUACUGCUGAGAAAGACCAGAUACUAUUGUUUUCUAAUGGUGGACUGAAGGCAGGGGGGCAGAGGGAGGAGAGGGGCCGCCAAAAAAGGAGACCCCAUCAAACCCUGCUGGUCCCAGGAAACAUGUUCCUGCCUGGAGCCUAUUUCCAGGCUGAGUCUAUUGAGCAGGAGGACGGUGAGCUGACGGGGUCACAGGACCUGAAGUUUCGUAAGGAGGCAGAGACAUUGAAGAGUCGAGUGAGCUGGGACACUGAGAUGUGCUGCUUUCUGAAUGCAGAAGGAAGUGUCAGGUUCCGUGAGAGAAUCAGUGAGAGCAGACUGUGGCCGUUGGAGAUCAUGAGGUCUCGAGCAUCUGCCAAACUGGCGACUGAGGACAACCCACUGAUUCCUUUUCACGGUGUGGCGUUCGUGGACAUGGGCCGACUCCUGUUUCCUGGAGUCACUCGUAUCAGAGGAGCCUACAGAAUUGAACCCUUCUCUGAGACUGAACUACUGAAGAAGGCAAAGCGCAGCCACAGUGUGUUGAAGGAAAACGCUAAAGCUGCAGCAAAAGUUCGAGCCAGUUCAGCAGCGAGUGAUUCAAAGACAAAGGCAGGAAGGAUGACAGAGAAAAACAAGGGAGCGAAGGAUUCAGCUGAAAAGCCUCAUAGUCAGAGCAGGGUGGCCACAGCCACCAGUGUAGCUGACAACUGGACAAGAAAUACAUAUGUAGAGGCCAGAACAUAUAUUAUCAUUGAAGUUGCUUUGGAGAAACCACUGGUAUCAAAAACUUCCCCAGAAGAAAUGGCCAGAAGAGUGAAGGCACUGAUCCCUCCCAGACCUCCACACUCAGGCAGUCUCACUAAAGCAGAAAGAGCUGUGCAGAGCUUCCAUAGGCAGGUGGGCAAUGCUGUUUCUCAUAUUUUAGACCAGUAUGAGGAAUUGUUUGGAGUGGGAAAUAAACCUGUGGAAAACUGCAGCCGCGAGCAAAUGAUGGCCGAGCUGAGGGGGGCACUCACUGUCUCUGGGAGAUACUUCGCCUUAAAAGAGCAGAUGAAGCACGCAGUGGUAAGGAUUGCACGUGAUAAGAUGCAGCAGACAGGGCCGUUCACUGAUCCUCAAGAGCUCCACACUUUUAUCAGCAACCUUUAUGUCUGCCUGGUGGAUGAGAUGCAAGUAGCUCUGAACAAGGUUCAUUCAGAAGAUAUAGAUGAUUCAUCAGAUGAGACCCAGUUGAGUAUUUCUCAACUCAGACAUUUUGCCAAAGAGGCUCAGUUUACUGGAGAUUAUGAGCUGGCUUUCCAGUACUACCAACAGCUGGUGGUGAGGUACCCGAAUGAACCCUCCCAUAUGAUGGAUUUGGGAACCCUCUACAUGCUGACGGGAGACUACAUGAAAGCUAAAGAGUGUUUCUAUGACACUGCGUCAAGACAUCAGGAGCACCAGCCCAGUCUGAUCAUGUGUGGAGUCCUGGCGGUGAUGUUUGAGCGUUACCAGGAUGCCCACGCCUUCCUGGAGCGAGCCGCCCACUUAGAGCCACCUAGCGUGGUUGCCUGGACGCUGCUUGGUUUGCUCCAUGACAGUCAAGAUGAAGCCAUCAUGGCUCAGAGGGCAUUUCUGGAGGCCAGAAAACAACUGAAGGCAGAGGAAGAUAGAAAAAAAGAGGAGGAGAUGAAACAUGUGGAGAAAGAAGCGGAAAAGACCAAAGAGAAUGAAAACGACAAAUAUGAGGAGGCGACAGACGUGCCUGCAUCUCAGUCGCCCACUAAUAAUCAAGAGUCAGAGGUUGAUAUCAAGAGCUCAGAGGCAUCCAGACAGCCUUCAGCACACAGCAUCCAGUCCAAAUCCACUAUUUACACAGAGACGAUCCGCUUCCUGCUGCAAAACAAUGCCCUGCAGAUGGCUGAGCGUGCUCUGUCCCAGGAGCUGCUGUGUCCAGAUGGUGGUCGCAGUGUGUCCUACCUCCUUCAUCUGGCCCAGUUACAGCUGCUCAGAGCUGACUACUGCAGCGCUGCUGCCAGUUUAGAGGAGGUUCUGACACACAGAGAUCAGGACGCCGAUGCCUGGGCUCUGAACGGUCACUGUCACUACCUACGAGGAUCAUUCAGCGAAGCCCGGGACAGUUAUGAGCGGAGCCUGAGCCUCCAGAACCAGCCGCUUGACUCCCAUCUGGUUCUGCUCCGACUCGGAUCCAUCUACCUCCAGAACAGGCAGUUUGAUAAAGCCAAAGUCGUCCACCUUCAGGCCUGUGAACAGUCUCCAUCCUGCCUCACCUGGAUGGGCCUGGGAACCGCCUGUUACCGGAUGGAGGAUCUGUGUCUGGCUGAGGUAGCCUUCACUGAAGCCAACCACCUGAAUAAUCAGAAUGCAGAGGUGUGGGCGUACCUGUCGCUCAUCUGCCUCAGGUCUGACAGACCAGAGGAAGCAGAGCAGCUUCAUAAUUAUGCAACAAGGUAUAAACUGCAGAAUGAGUCGCUCCUCAGGGAGUUUAAAGAACUAAAGGAUCAGAGCCGCUUCAGUCGUCUGAUGUCCUGCUUCGAAGGAAGCUCUGGAUCAGGGAUUUAAAUCGUAUGUCAAAGAUAACACUGUUGUACGUUUCUUUGUUUUCAGUAUAUUUGUCUAAAUGAAGUAAUAAUUUGUGCAUGUACUGUUAAUUUUAGUACUGUGACCAAAUAUGAAACACAAUGCCAUGUUCAAUCAAAAUUCACAGACAAAGGAGAUGUUCAACAACAUCAAAUUCUGUUUUAAUAUCAACAUCACAUACAAACCCAAAGCAACUCAAAUAGUCUAAAAUGUAUAUAAAACGAGUCAGUAUAGUCUCUUAAAAAUGCACAGCAGAUAAAAGACAAGAAAAAGGGCAUUUGGUGAGUUAUUUCAACAGAUAAAAAGCGUUGUCAGUGACCCUCUUUAAAUACAUUCUGAACAGUUAAACAAACCUGAAAAGUUCUCAAAUGCCUAACCAGGAUUU